CAUACGUGAAUGUUUAAACAAGGAUUGUCACUCUUACAGCAUUGUCGUUACAUGCCGGUUCAUAGAUAACAUCUACCGGUUUGGGACAGUUUUAUUUAGUGAACAGCGUACAUUAACACGGAACUACUGUUAACAUACAUUGUUUACAAAUAAGGAUAACGUGAACGUGACUGUAUCAUAAAGCACAAGAUGGCCAACAGACCAGUUGGAUACGGACUCACGUCUGAAGUUCACAGAAGGAUCAACCUGAAGUACAGCCUGGAGUUGGAGCAGGAGGCGAGGCAGUGGAUCGAGGAGGUGCUGGGAAAGCCUCUCGUGGCGGGUGCAGAUCCACACACGCCGCUGGGCGAGGAACGCUUUCAGGCGGCAUUGAAAGACGGGGUAUUAUUGUGCGAGUUAAUAAACACAUUGAAACCCGGAUCCGUGAAGAAAAUUCACCGGGUAGAAUCCGGCAGCUUCAAGCAGUUUCGAGACAUGGAGAACAUUGAUAACUUUCUGAAGGCUAUCGAGAGCUACGGCGUGGCGGUCACGGACAAGUUUGGCACGGCGAACCUCACCGACCGCAACAACGGCAUGGCAAUCGUUUUAAAUUGUAUCCACGCUGUGGGCCGGUCGGCCCAGAAGAACGGCUUCUCCGGUCCCACACUCGGUCCCAAGGAAUCAAAACACAAUCCUAGAAACUUCGACCAGGAAACUUUGCAAGCAGGUCAGACGUUGAUAGGGCUUCAAUACGGAUAUACGCAGGGCGCCAGUCAGAAAGGGAUGAACUUCGGGAAGACCCGCUCAAUAACUGACUGAUUAGAACAACUAUUUUUAUUAAAAAAAUAUUUUUAAUAUACCAAUUCCACCAUGACAUUGCUAUGAUGAAAACCGGAUGUAAGCGGCAACUUUCUGCGUUAUGUUAAAUUGACUUCGGGUUAUGUGGACAGGGUUAAAUAUUUUGUUAUUGAUGUUGUCCGAUGACACGGUUUAAUAAGAUUGCUUGAUUGAAAUACUAGUACAUUUUAGAUAUCUUACACAUAGUCAACAGUGUCUAUUAAAUUAUACCUGAUGAUAUUAUUGUGUGCUCAUUUGCCUUUGGUUUUUGACAGUAAGAAAGUUUGUAGGUCAAAAGGUGGCACGUUUCGGUGUAUGUUAGAUUGACGCUAUGCAAAUCUUAUUUCUGACUUUCAGUUGAUUGCAAUAUUGCUUUUGUUCCUGCUUUUGUCUUUGUUAUAUAUUUAAUAGUUGAUCAAUAUUCUGUUUAGACAGGCGAGAUACUACCGAAAUGCCUUCCUAAACUGUUAGAAUGUACCAAAGAAUUAAGUUUAAUAUUCAUUCAUCUGUCGCUCAAAUACAUUUGUAUCAUGUAAAAUAACGGCUCUAUUGUAUAUUUAAAACUAUACAGAGAUACGUAUGGGAAAUCUCAUUAAAAAAUUGACUUUAUUACAAACAGAUGAAUCUCUCUUUUUUAAUAUUUAAUGUCUCACCGCUUCAUCUUUGUCACUUUUCAAGUUAUACCCACGAAUGGUGCAUGUAUAAUAUAUAUAUAGUUCAUACAUAUAUUAUAACCAUGUUUGUUAUUUGUAAAAGCUUUUAUAUGUCUUUGUUGAUUAAUUGUUUGUAGAUUUUUGUAUAAGAUGAAUGUUACAGCGUCACCAAUAUUUUGUAUCCCCUACCAUUACUGUUUGGCUACAUUUAUUUGUGUUCGUAGUUUUUAAUCCUUCAAACAGUGUUUUUAAUCGGUCAUUAUGAUGUUCAAUAAAUAUUAUUCUUG